AUGCUCCUCCAGGUUUUCUGUGGCACCCACGCCUCGCCCGAGCCGGAAGCGGUGUACGAUGACAGCGCAAUGGAAGGCUUUUCUGAACCUGUCGUCCAUCACGUUGUCCAUCAUGUCGUCCAUGUUGGCCAUCGUUUCGGGCAUUCGGCCACUUCGGCCACUUCGGAUAUUCCACGAUGCGGGCACUCGGACAACAACUGUCCGGCCGCUUGGAAAUCCAAGGCACCCGGCGGCUACCACUGCCUCCACAAGCUCGCGCGCCAGACUUCCAACAAAGCUUACAAGGCAUCGGGCGGAGCCUGCCGACCGGUAAAGCUUGGCGCCUUCCCUUCGGAGGAUUGCCAUGCCCAGUGCUAUGUCGGCAGGGCAAGGUCCCAUUCUGGAGGCUCUUCGCACUCCGGAAGCUUUGGAUCCUCCUACCAGGGCGGCUCGUACUACCACGGAGGCUCCGACUAUGAUGGUGGGUCCUACUACCACCAGGGAGGCUCUUUCCACGGUGGUGGCUCCUCUCAUGCUUACACCCUGGGAGACUCCGAUAGCGAUGGUGGUUCCUCGUACACCUACCAUCAUGGGUAUAAGCCAGCUUAUGCCGGCUCCUACCAUCACGGUGGCUACAUUUUCGGGGGCUCAUACGGCGAUGGUGAUUCCUCCUACACCUACGCUGGUUAUAAGCCAGCGUAUGCGGGCUCCUACCAUCACGGUGGCUACCAUGGCAGCUCGUCAUACACCCUCGGGGGCUCAUACCACGAUGGUGAUUCCUCCUACACCUACCAUCACGCUGGCUCUUCUUAUACGCCAUCUGACUCGGGCUCUUACCAUCAUGGUGGCUACCAUGGCAGCUCUUCGUACACCGCCGGGGGCUCAUACCACCAUGGUGGAUCCUCGCACUACGAGCACGGUGGCCACUACUCCUACCAUCAUAGUGGCCACUCGCACAAAAUGGGGGGCCACUACAAGAUGCGCGGUUCCUACAGCUCUCACCACGUUCCGCCGUGCGCGGGCGCAGACCACCGCUGCCCCGCAGAGUGGCUGUCCGGAGAAACAGGAGGGUUCCACUGCAAGCACAAGCUGAAGCGUCAGACAUCA